AGCAACUCGAAAGGAAUGUCGCAAGUGGCUAGUCGCGUUUUCGAAACUCUCCAUCCAGUCCAUAAUGUUAUCGUAUUGGCACGUCAGUUUCAAGUAGACGUUCCAGAAUUUCCCCUACUAUCCAUCUACUAUCUACGUCCUUACAAACGCAAUGCCGAAAGGGGUAUAAAUAAUGGGCCUGUCACUGAUUUCAGACAGUUCAUCUCAGAGUGUGGACCACAAGUUGCAGUCACCAUGCACUUUCAAGUAACCAUCCUCGCACUUACUCUAGCUGUGUCAGCAUAUGGCGCCACAGUGCCAACGACGCCCAAAGCCGUCGUCGAGACACACGAUGAGGUGGAUACACAAGAACUGGAGGACACUGUCUCAAAAGUCAUCAGCUUGGUAGGGCGUCAGUUAACAGUCAUCGCCGAAAGUAAGAGCGAUGACGUCACAGAAGAGAAGAAGGAACAGGUUGAGAAGGAACUGGAAGACAUCAACACUAAGUUGCAAGCUGUCGUGAAGGGACACGAAGAAGACCUGGGUGUCACCUUGGAAGCCGUAAGCGACGUCCUUCAAGACAGCGACGAUAGCUCAGACGGCGAGUCGGAAUACGGCAAGAAGUGGAACAAAUUAAAGAAGAAGCUCACAAGCAAGAAGGCCAAGAAGAUCUACAAGGUCGCUGGCAAAAUCGCAAUCAAGGUUGCAAUCGGAUCUCUUGGUUGAAUAUAUCUGUGUAUUUCAACACAUAUUCACUAUGUACAUAACGGCACAAUAAAUUAUGUUCCCCUCUGUCGA